AUGAAAGAAAAGAACCGAAAUUUCUUCUUUGAGCUCAACCUUGAAGGCGAUCAUUGCAUUAAACAUGCAUUCUGGGCGGAUGCAAGAAGCAGGGCUGCAUUCGAUUAUUUCGGAGACGUGGUUUCAUUUGACACCAUAUAUAACACAAGCAGGUACAAUUUGGUUUUAGGUUCUUUUGUGGGCGUGAAUCACCACGGCCAGUCCACACUUCUUGGAUGUGCACUGAUGAAAAAUGAGGACAUCCAAUCAUUCAAAUGGCUAUUUGAGUGUUGGCUACGUUGCAUAGGAGGGAAGGCACCAAAAGGUAUUCUUACCGAUCAAUGCGCAUCUAUUCAAAGGGCAAUUGAGCUGUGCAUGCCAACAACAAUUCACCGCUGGUGCAUCUGGCACAUUAUGAAGAAGAUCCCAAGCAAAUUAAAUGGCUACAAGGGACACAACAAAAUUGAACAAGAGAUGAGCCAUGUUGUUUGGAACUCGCACACAAAAAAAGCAUUUGACAGAAACUGGAUCGAUUUCCUUAGAAAGUACGGCCUCGGAGGCAACAAGUGGCUUUCAGAUCUGUACGAGGAUCGGCAUAUAUGGAUUCCUGUUUAUUUGGAUCACCACUUUUGGGCUGGGAUGAGAAGCACACAAAGGAGCGAGAGCAUGCAUUCAUUUUUUAACAAGUUCAUCACAUGGAAUAGCUCCUUGAGAUAA